UUGGCUAGCACUUCCCGAGUUAGGACCACCCAAACACAUAACUAGCAAAAAUGAAAUCGUUCGUCGUAUUCGCCCUGAUCGUAGCGGCCGUCGCCGCCGCCCCACAGCGCAGCCCUGACGCUGAUGCUCAGGUCCUCAGAUACGACGCUGAAAACAUCGGCGUUGAUGCCUACCGAUAUGCUUACGAGACUUCCAACGGUAUCAAGUCAGAAGAGCAGGCUCAGCUGAAUAACGCCGGUACCGACAACGAGGCUAUCUCCGUCCGUGGCUCCUACUCCUACACCGGCCCCGAUGGCGUCCUCUACACAGUCACCUACAUCGCUGACGAAAAUGGCUUCCAGCCCCAGGGCGCCCAUCUUCCAGUAGCCCCUUAAGUUAGCCAAUGACCUGCUCAAUCUAGUCCUGUUAUAAAUAAAGUUUUAGUUUGUUUU